ACUGAGAUCUCCUGCUGGUACCAUGCGCUCCUUGCAGCUCCUCCACUAGGCCCUGCUGCCCUAUUUCAGACCACAAAGCCAUGUUCUGGGAGCCUUGAUCCUGCAGAAGCCCAUGGGGAAUCCCAGAUUGGCAGCUCUGUUCCUGCCGCUCCUCCUACCGCUCCUCUCGGCCUCUGCUGGAAUCAGCUGUCCCCUCCUGCCGCGCUGGAUCACCUGCUGUCUACUGGUGGACAAGAGUUUUGCCGGCCUUCAGUGGGAUUGGUUCCAUCACUUGGUGCAGAAAUACAAACAUUCUUACAAGUUCAAGUUCUAUCAGAGACACAAGAUGCCAGCAUCCUUCCAGAGGAAACUGCUGGGUAGCCAUUCCCUGUCUGACAAAGGCCACCACAUUUCCAUUCCUACUCCAGCCUUCUCUCACAACCGGCUGCGCUCCAAAAGGACCCAACCUUCAGAUCCAGAAAUGGAGAAUCUCCCCAGAGCAGGCUUACAAAGACACACAGGGCCCAAGUUCUCCUUUGCUUUAUUACCUGCGGCCCGGGCUAUUCGGAUAACUAUUCCUCCAGGACCAGAGGCCAGUGUACGUCUUUGUUACCAAUGGGCACUGGAAUGUGAAGACCUGAGUGGUCCCUUCGACAUCCAGAAAGUCGUGUCUGGGGGCCACACUGCAGACCUACCAUAUGAAUUCCUUUUGCCCUGCCUGUGCAUAGAGGCAUCCUACCUGCAAGAGGACACUGUGAGGCACAAAAAAUGUCCCUUUCAAAGCUGGCCUGAAGCCUAUGGCUUGGACUUCUGGAAGUCAGUGCACUUUGUUGACUACAGCCAGCACAACCAGAUGGCCAUGUCCCUCACACUCCGCUGUCCACUGAAGCUUGAGGCUUCCCUCUGCCAGAGGCAGGACCCAUCCUUGCCCUGUGAAGACCUCCCCAAUGCCACAGCUCAAGAAUCAGAAGGAUGGUAUAUUGUGGAGAAGGUAGACUUGCACCCCAAGCUCUGCUUUAAGUUCUCCUUUGAAAACAGCAGCCAUAUUGAAUGUCCUCAUCAGAGUGGGUCUCUCCCAUCCUGGAAUGUAAGCAUGGAUAUCCAGGCCCAGCAGCUGAUCCUUCACUUUUCCUCAAGGAUGUAUGCCACAUUCAGUGCUGCUUGGAGGCACCCAGACUUGGGACCAGACACCUUGAUGCCUCCUGUAUACAGUGUCAGCCAGACCCAGGGCUCAGGCCCAGUGACACUAGACCUCAUCAUUCCCUUCCUGAGGCCAGGAGGCUGUGUCCUGGUGUGGAGAUCCGAUGUCCAGUUUGCCUGGAAGCACCUCUUGUGUCCUGAUGUCUCUCACAGACACCUGGGGCUCUUGACCCUCGCACUGCUGGGCCUCACCGCUCUUCUAGGUGUAGUUCUGGUCCUCACCUGCCGGUACCUACUGUCAGGCUCGGGCAACGCGCGGCCAGUACUACUCCUGCACGCGGCUGACUCGGAGGAGCAGCGGCGCCUGGUGGCCGCGUUGGCGGAGCUGCUGCGGACCGCGCUGGGCGGCGGGCGGGCAGUGAUCGUGGACCUGUGGGAGGCCACGCACGUGGCCCGCAGGGGACCGCUGCCUUGGCUGUGGGCUGCGCGGGAGCGCGUGGCGCGGGAGCAGGGCACCGUGUUGCUGCUGUGGAGCGGCCCCCGCCGGGCCUGCGACCCCCACGCCGGGCCCCUGCGCGCCCUGCUCGGCGUUGCCCCGCGUCCGCGGCUGCUGCUCGGCUACUUCAGUCGCCUUUGCGCCAAAUGCGACAUCCCCGGACCGCUGCGCGCGCUGCCCCGCUACCGCCUGCUGCGGGACCUGCCGCGCCUGCUGCGGGCACUAGACGCGCGGCCUUCCGCGCCAGCCGCCCGCUGGAGCCGCCCCGGGGCGCGGCAGUGCUGGCGAGGCCGCCUGGAGCUGUGCCGCCGCCUUGAACUCGAAGCCGCCAGACUUGCCCGCCGAGACUCCACGGAGCUUCCCCGCCGUUCCGGUUGCCUGUGGCCGCAGCCUGUAGGCGUACGGACCGUAGCCCCGGUGUGAGGCCUCUGCGUUUG